UCAGUCAUGAGGUCACUUCCUGCGGGUGUGAGCUCCAUGGCUCUGCUUUGUAUGGACAUGGUGGGGGAUUCUUGACAGCGGCAGCGCGGUUGGGAAACAAACGAGGACGCGGUUAGGGUCGGGGACCGUUUCUCUUUCUCCGUCCUCGCUCGGAUUGGGCUGUCUAUUGAAAGUCUGAUGAGUGAGAGUGCCGGCAGCCCGCUCCUCCACCGCAAUGGUCGACAUGGAGAGCCACUACCAUCCCCCUUCGCCCCUGGAAGACUCGGUGUUAGGCAGCCCCCUGUGCACCGAUGACGACUUCAUGGGCGGCAUGGAGGAGCUCCAGGACAUCUCUCAGUCUGUUGACAACGAUGCCCUUAGCUCCUUUGAUGUCCCCGAAUACCAGUCCUCCAGCAAUGGCUCUGAAGGUUCAACUGUUCUAGGGUUUUUUUCGUCGAACAAUUCGUCUGAAGCUGGAGUAUGACAAGUGUGAGCGCCGCUGCAAGAUCCAAAAGAAGAACCGCAACAAGUGCCAAUACUGCCGCUUCCAGAAGUGCCUGUCGGUGGGCAUGUCCCACAACGCUAUCCGUUUUGGCCGGAUGCCCCAGUCAGAGAAGCUAAAGCUGAAGGCAGAGAUGGUAACGGGGGACAGGGAAGUGGAAGACCCCCAGCUAGCCGACCAGAAGACGCUGGCCAGGCAGAUUUAUGAGGCCUACCUCAAGAACUUCAACAUGAACAAGGCCAAGGCUCGAACCAUUCUCACUGGAAAGACCAGCACCCCUGUACGUUGAUUCAGAGUAGUGUGGGUUGGUGAGUG